AGCUAUUUCGGCACAAGUCCACGGCUUCGGUCCCUCUCCUCCCCUCCCCCCUUACCUCUUCCCAUCGCUUUCCUCUUCUCCUCUUCCUCCUCCUCCUCCACCUCAUCCUCGCCUGGAGCAGAUGUCGCAAUGCCAAGCCAUGGAUUUCGGGCAAAUGUUCAGCCAGAUGGGCAAGCUCGAUGGCGACCUUGGCAAGCACGGCAUGGACAUGAAGCAGCUCGUAGACGAUGCGGCCCAGUACGCGCUGAAGGACGACUGGAGGUGCAUGGACGGCUCCCCGAGCUGCGGUGCCCUCCCCGGCCUGCGCUACGGCGCCAGCGUGGAGAUCCGCCCGAGGCUGCUCGUGCUGCCGUGCCCCUGCGCCGGCGGCCAGUGGACGCCGCCCGUCGCGAACAGCGACGACGGCAUACUCCAGGCGGACGGGCUCUGGGCGGCGAGGGUGCCGUGGAGGCAGCAGCACAGGCCGUCGCACCCGGCGGGCACGGAGGAGGACUGGCUGGAGGCCGACGGCCAGGAGGGCAACCCAGUGGUUUCCGCCAAUCCGUUGAUGUCCAUAUUCUCUAGCUUCGGGGCCAUGGGCGCCAAAUUGGGCAAGCAGCUCAGGAGACUGGUCGCGGGCACACCUCGGCCGACCAGCAUGAUGUUGGGCUCGAUCGUCGGCAAGCAGUUGCGUAGCCUGGUCGGGAAUCCCAAGUACUACCCUGGCAGCGAGCCUUACGCCAUGGACUACGGCUGUGCAAAGGGGCCAGUCUCGAAGGCAUUUGACGGCAUACAACCUGGCAAGAGGUGGUGGAAUUCGCCGAAGUACGGCACCGUGAUAGUCACUACUCCUUGUCCAUGUGCUUUAGGAGCCUGGACUGGAAUGCAGACCGGACCUCAGGCGAGGCCCCCAGCGAGCCAUGCCGAGGACCGCACGUUCGAAAGCCCAGACAAGGCGCAGGAGGUGCCCGCGUGGCAGCAGCCCCAGUCCAUGUCGCUGAGCAGCUGCGCGGCCGCCUCCCCGGAGGCCGCGGGCACCUUCGCGCUCGGGGUUCCCUGCCGAGCCGGCGCGGCCCGCUGCGGCAGCGGCGCGCGGCGCGGCUCGCGAGGCGGCACGGCGCCGGGCCCCGGCGGGCCUCGGAGGAGGCGGGCGGCGGCCUUCUUGUGACCAGGCUCGAAGCCGACUGCAGCCAGUGCGGGCCUUCUCUGCUGCUGCAGGCGCACGCGGAGUUCGCCGCCCACGGCGAUCGUACCCCGACAUGGGCGUGCAGGCGUGAGCGCAUUGCGCCAGCACCGCCCUGGCAAAGGGUUUCGCGACGCCGCUGCGGCAAAAGGGCGGCGGAUGGGCGGACAAUGUCGGGACCCGCCAUGGCGCAGACGCGAGUGCUUCGCAGGGAGAGGCGGCGUGGUGGUACAGCCACGCGGGUCGCCAUUCGUACUUGGCCCAGGCGGCUGUCGAGUGUCCACCCCAUUGUCCUCCCUCCUUCUCAC